UCUAGCCCACCCAGGCUGGCCUCAAACUCAUUAUGUAGCCAAGGAUGACCUUAAAUGCCUGAUGUUUUUGCUUCUACUUCUUGAGUACCGGAAUUAUAGGCUGCUGCCAACUGCUUGGCUAAGACAAUCUCAUGUGUGCAUUCUAUUUAGGGCAAGUGGGAAAUGUUCAAGUACCCACCUCGAGAAACGCCUUAGCUCAUCUAUAAACCUUCCUUUAUGCCAGUGGUUCUCAACCUGUAUGUUGCAGCCCCUUUGACAAACUUCUAUCUUCAAAAAUACUUAAAUUCCUAACAGUAACAAAAUUACAGUUAUGAAGUGAAAAUGAUGUUAUGGUUGAGAGUCAGCACAACAUGAGGAACUAUAGUAAAGGGUUUCAGCAUUAGGAACGUUGAAGACCACUGCUUUAUGCUGUCAAGCUCCUAGUUCUUAUGGGUCCUGCUUUUGGAAGUCUUUUUUGAAAAAUCUUGCUCAGAUUUCUGCUUCUUUGGAUACUGCCAUUCUCACUAGGCCUGUGUGCUCUAGGGAGGUUUUGUAGUGAAGUUGCCAAAAGUUUCAAGUGUUUCCAUGCCUAAGUCCAGUUGACCAUUCUUGAAUUUCUAGUUUGACUUUUUGGUUUUCUUUCACAAAUCUUUGCACAUGGCCAGGCACCUGAGAAAGUCUCAGGAAACUUCUUUUGAUUCACUAAUUGAUCGCAUUUAAGGCCCAACCUGGCUUGGAAUGUUUUUAUUUGAAAUAAUUAAGUGGGUGUAUAUCACACUAUCAAUGAAUUUACCCAGUAGAGUGGGCUUGCCAGUUAACUCAUUUUCACAGCUCUGAAGGAGUAACCUUUUUGGACAAUUCCUUUCCCUGGGAAUAAUGAAUUUUCAUUUCCAAACACACAGGAUAAUAUUCUAUAGUCUCAAUGUUGUAGUUUCAGGUAAAGAUCCAUUUGUCAAUUUUUUUUGGACACAGCAGUUUCUCUUCCAAGAGCAUAGAUUGGAACAAUUUUGAGUUGCAGGUCAGGGUGUGUCUUGUAUGUUAUUUGAAGUGGUAACAAUUUUCGUCUGCAAUGGGCCAGAGAGUAAAACAUUCUAAACCUCACAGACAAAAAUGUCUGUCACAGAACUAUAAAACUUUGACCUUGUAGCAUGAAUGCUGUCAUAAGUGUUCCAGCAAAACUUUAUUUUUAAAAACAGGGGAUAGACCAGAUUAGGCUCAUAUGUAUUUCCUUUUCCAGCCCUCUUCUUUGGCCUUUUGUGAGUACUCAUUAUUCAUCUGUACCUUGAACUUAUUUAUUUUGGCCUAAGGUGUUUUUUUGUCCUAAUUUGUUUUUAAGUGCCCUCUAUUUUCAGAGCAAGAUAAUCACUAUUUCCCAAACGGCUGACAAAUUAAUAUGGAAAAUAACACAUAAUGAAGAAUGUACCUUAUAAGGAAUGAUUCACCCACACAAUAUCCUCUAUCAAUUCCACCCACUCUCAAAUGUUACUUUAAUUUCUUUGGUGAGUAAAAGGAGCCUUCAUUACAUUACAUUAUAUUCAGUAAACUAUUUUUAACGUCUUGAGAGUUGUGUUUUUACUUCCAUAGACUUAUUUUCAUGAAUUAAUGCAUUCUUUUCUACACAUGUCUCAGUUUGGAAUGGAAAGCAUCAAGUUUUCUAUUACUAUCACUGAAAGUGUGUUUAGUUUUUUGGCUUACUUUUUUUUAAUUACUUAGAUGUUGAUUUGUUCAAGAAUGAAGUCCGUUCUGCAAAUGAUGUAUGCAUGGAACUUCGGGGCAACUCCCAAAUUUUUCUCACUUCUGGGGAUUCACCAGUCUAAGGCAGGUCAAGGCUACUCCAACUGGCAACCCACAGUCAUCAUUCCAAAUCAGUCAGGACCCUUGAGGUUCAAGGAGAUUGUGGGGAGAAAGAAAGAUGCAAGUAGAUCUCUCGUCACCCUUGGGUGACUGUUUUCUCUCCCCUGUGUACAGGGAGCAUCGUCAGCUGCUAAUAAGAAGUGUCUCACAGUGAUCCCAUGUCACCAUCUUUCCAUGUCUUGUCCUGUGCCACCUGAGGCUGUGCUUUCAUCUUAGAGUUACAAAUGAAUUUGCUGUCAUGUGCAUUUGUUUGCUGUGAGAUUAAAACAAAAAGGGCUCAGCCCACCUUAAGUACCAUUAUCACUGGAGUUUUUAGAAGCCCUGCCCCCUUAUGAGGAAGUGAUGGGACUGGUUCCUGAAGCUGCUUUUUAACUAGCAGUGAGUCAUUUUCCUUGCUUUUCUCUUCUCUUUCACUAUUAGGCCAGGAACUGUUGUUGCUGGGGCUAUAACACUGGAAACCACAGACACUGUCCUUGAUCUCACAAAGCUCACAUUCCUCAGAUGUAUUAUGGAACCAAGAACAUUCUUGGGGAAAAUCCAUCAGCAAUGAAGUAAUGUCAACAGCCAAUGAGUACAGGAGGGCUCCAGCAUUAUGAUGUUAGCUUGCUCAAAUCCUGCCUGAGUUUGGGGUGCCAUGAAACAAGCAGAAAGUAAGGUUACGAUGUGUUAUGGAAUACAUUUUUAGACCUGGGUGAAUCCCAAGCUGUGGGAUUAAGACCUGACCUAGCCUAGCUAGAUAGGUGCAUGAACAUACAGUCAUGUUGUACCUCCUUCAUUGACAUCUGCUGAAUUCUGUGUCACUGCCAAAGUUAUGUGAAUAAACUGUAUUUUUCUGGUUUACAGAUGUUCCUGAGUCUUCCUCCUACACUUCCACCAUCUUAUGACCUUUGGCUGGACAGGAACAGCCCUUCCGAUGGAAGCAGAAACAGGGAACACCAUGGAGACUGGAAAGGGGACCAACCGAGGCAUUCGAAUUGCACUGGCCCUGUUCAUUGGUUGCACCCUGGUGUUGGGCACGGCGCUCUUUCUAGUGAGUCAAGGUCUCCUAAGCUUCCAAGCUAAACAGGAGUACUGCCUGAAGCCAGAGUGCAUAGAAGCCGCUGCUGCCAUCAUGAGCAAAAUAAAUCUUUCUGUGGAUCCUUGUGAAAAUUUCUUCCGGUUCGCUUGUGAUGGCUGGAUAAACAAUAACCCAAUUCCUGAAGAUAUGCCAAGCUAUGGGGUUUAUCCUUGGCUGAGACACAAUGUUGAUCUCAAGUUGAAGGCACUUCUGGAGAAAUCAGUCAGUCGAAGGCGGGACACUGAAGCUGUACAGAAAGCCAAAAUCCUUUAUUCAUCCUGCAUGAAUGAGAAAGCAAUUGAAAAAGCAGACGCCAAACCACUGCUCCACAUCUUGCGGCAUUCACCUUUCCGCUGGCCUGUGCUUGAAGCUAAUAUUGGUCCUGAAGGGGUUUGGUCAGAGAGAAAAUUCAGUCUACUGCAAACGCUUGCAACAUUCCGCGGUCAAUACAGCAAUUCUGUGUUCAUUCGUUUGUAUGUGUCCCCUGACGACAAGGCGUCCAAUGAACAUAUCUUGAAGUUGGACCAAGCAACACUCUCUCUGGCUGUGAGGGAAGACUUCCUUGAUAACAGUACUGAAGCCAAAUCUUAUCGGGAUGCCCUUUAUAAGUUCAUGGUGGACACUGCUGUGCUUUUAGGAGCUAAUAGCUCUCGAGCUGAACAUGACAUGAAGUCAGUGCUUAGACUGGAAAUUAAGAUAGCUGAGAUAAUGAUUCCACAUGAAAACCGAACCAGUGAAGCUAUGUAUAACAAAAUGAAUAUCUCAGAACUGAGUGCUAUGAUUCCCCAGUUUGACUGGCUGGGCUAUAUCAAGAAGGUCAUUGAUACCAGACUCUACCCACACUUGAAAGACAUCGGCCCCUCGGAGAAUGUGGUGGUCCGCGUCCCACAAUACUUUAAAGAUUUGUUUAGGAUACUAGGCUCUGAGAGGAAGAAAACCAUUGCCAACUAUUUGGUAUGGAGAAUGGUUUAUUCCAGAAUUCCAAACCUAAGCAGGCGCUUUCAAUAUAGAUGGCUGGAAUUCUCAAGGGUAAUCCAGGGGACCACGACUCUGCUGCCUCAGUGGGACAAAUGUGUUAACUUUAUCGAAAGUGCCCUCCCUUAUGUUGUGGGGAAAAUGUUUGUGAAUGUUCACUUCCAGGAAGAUAAGAAGGAGAUGAUGGAAGAAUUGAUUGAGGGUGUUCGCUGGGCCUUUAUUGACAUGCUGGAGAAAGAAAACGAAUGGAUGGAUGCAGGGACAAAAAGAAAAGCUCAAGAAAAGGCAAGAGCUGUUUUGGCAAAAGUUGGCUAUCCAGAGUUUAUAAUGAAUGAUACUCAUGUUAAUGAAGACCUCAAGGCAAUCAAAUUUUCAGAAUCGGACUACUUUGGCAAUGUACUGCAAACCCGCAAGUAUUUAGCACAGUCUGAUUUCUUCUGGCUAAGAAAAGCUGUUCCCAAAACAGAGUGGUUUACAAAUCCAACAACAGUCAAUGCCUUUUACAGUGCAUCGACCAACCAGAUACGAUUUCCAGCUGGUGAGCUGCAGAAGCCUUUCUUUUGGGGAACAGAAUACCCUCGAUCCUUGAGUUAUGGUGCUAUAGGAGUAAUUGUUGGACAUGAAUUUACACAUGGAUUUGAUAAUAAUGGUCGGAAAUAUGAUAAAAAUGGAAACCUUGAUCCUUGGUGGUCUGCAGACUCAGAAGAAAAGUUUAAGGAAAAAACAAAGUGCAUGAUUAACCAGUAUAGCAGCUAUUAUUGGAAGAAAGCUGGCUUAAAUGUGAAAGGGAAGAGGACCCUGGGAGAAAAUAUUGCUGAUAAUGGAGGUCUACGAGAAGCUUUUAGGGCUUACAGGAAAUGGAUAAAUGACAGAAGACAGGGAGUUGAAGAGCCUCUCCUACCAGGCAUCACAUUCACCAACAACCAGCUCUUCUUCUUGAGUUAUGCUCAUGUGAGGUGCAAUUCGUACAGACCAGAAGCUGCCAGAGAACAAGUCCAGAUUGGUGCUCACAGUCCUCCACAAUUUCGGGUCAAUGGUGCCAUUAGCAACUUUGAAGAAUUUCAGAAAGCUUUUAACUGUCCAAAGAAUUCCACCAUGAACAGAGGCGUGAAUUCCUGUCGACUCUGGUAGCUGGAGUGCUGGUUUCUACUGUCCUGACAGAGCUGAGGAGUGCCAGUAGAGGUGGCUCUGAUGUACUCAGCACACACUGCUUUCUGCCUUUAUUUCACUGAGGACUUUUAUUUUUAAUGCAUUUUCAUUAUUUCGGUAGAUGACUUGCUUGGAUCUAAACAGUAUCUGUUCAAAGUCCGUGGGCUUAUAAAAGAAUUUAAAAACUGAACCAAAUAUAUUUCAUUAGAAAGCCAAACCAAUGAAAACAAAUGUCAAAGCUACUUGGUUAAACUGGCAUCCUUAUUAUCUGUUUUGGUUAGCCACAGCUAGGUGGUACAUAGAAUUUCAAUCUAUAGCUUUGCAGGGGACCUGAGUAGAGUGUAUCCAUAGAAAGGAUCAGUCUAUGAAAAUUGUCACCCUCAGUGAUGAAGAUGUAUGCUCUGUGGUGUGCAAUCAAUAUGUAGUAUUUCUUAUUUCUAAAGGUAGUUAAAUUAGAAAUUUGUUGGAUCUCUAUUUUAUAAUUUCUGAUAAAGUUUUUCCCUUCAGUUUUGGAAAAUUGUAUCUCAGAACUUAUAUCCAAUGUAACUAACCAUUUAAGUCAGCAUCAAUAAAGAUGGCACAUAGUCUGUUAGGCAAAAUAUUUGGGGUUUAUAAAAUAGGGGGAAGGGAUGGAUCUUUAACUGCCAGCAGUAUUAAAAAAAUAACAACAAAACUAGCCACAUAACAACAAAGGUUCUAGGAAAUGAACUCUCCAGAUGUUGGUCUUGUCCCUAUGAAGCUCCAUCUAUUUGGUGGAUACCAGUCAUGGAGCAGUUCCUGUUUUGUUUUGGCAUGCUCAGGUGUAUCUCCUAACUCUGAACUGAGCAGACAUUGAGAAAAGAAUGUUCUGUUUCCAUGUCAGGAACAUAUGGCUUUCAUUCCUUUUAGUACAACUAUAUAAACACCACACUGAGGAGGGAGUAAAUGCUCUUCCAUCUCAGCCCACUUAAUGUUCCAUCUCUGUAAAAGAAAAUCCCUUUCAGAAACUUUUAGAAAGAAUCCAAUUUAAAAAAUCCUGCCUCGAUCUAAGGAACACAAAUUUAUUUUUUAAGUCUUACGAAGGGUUUAUUUAAAAAAAAAAAGCAGUACUGUAUUUUGAUCCUUAGAGCAUUAUUGUUUUAAUCAGCAUUUUUAGUGUUAAUUAAUUAACAGUGUAUAUGUAUGUAGGAUAAAACUGUUAUCACAUUUAAGAGUGUGUGUAGGAUAAAAUUGUAAUGGCAUUCCAGUGGCUACUUUGUUUUCUUGUUUAUGUUUAUUUUUAUUUAGUAUAGGCAUUUCCCUGCCCCCAUCGCAUUAUUCAUUGUACAUGGGGUGCUGGGUUAAGUGGGCCAACGGAAAUAUUUCAAAAGCAAAAUGACAAAUUCAGAUGAACCACAGGAGGUCAUUUUGUAUCCUUGUGACUUGUCAUUCUUUGGCAAAAAAAUGUAAGUGGGAGCCACGUCCUUUUGUAACCAUGGGAACUUCCGAAGGGAAAAAAAUGGAAGGGCACCAUCACGAGGAAAACAAUUACACUGCAUUAGUCCGAGGAGAGUGAUUUUCCCCUUGACUUCCUCCUCUCUGAAUGGAUACACUUCUGAAGGGCAGCAGCCUUUUCCUCCUCUUAACCAUGGUUUAAUGUGACCUUGAUUUGUAUUUCUAAAAACAAGCAGUAUUAUUUCAGGUGUUAGAAGUAUAUGUGCUUUUUCUCUGGUGUAAGCAUUCUGAUUUGAUAAUCCUCAUUUUAUUCCUAUACUUGGACACUUAAGAAUAGCUGAAGUUUGUCAUGAUUAUAUAAAUAGUGCAUUCCUUCUAGAUUUCCUUUUUAAAAAUUCCAAAGAAACACAUUCCUGCAGGUCAGAGAGAGUGUUUGAUAAAGCUAUAGAAUUAAUACUUUUGAAAUGGUAUUGACAUUUGUUGAUUAAGGACAACAGGCUAGUGAUUAGUUGGAGCUCUCCCAAUUUCUGGAUGGCAGGACUAAGUAACUUGGUGUAUCUUAGUUUAUCAAGAGAUACAGAAUCACUUCUAGUAGCCACACACAUUUUCUACAAGAAUUAGCUUUCCAAAUGUUUCUGUUUAACCCUCCAAAUUACAGUAUUGUUCUUCUUUGUGAGACUGAUUUCUUAAAGAAAUAGACACCAAUUAAGUGGUAGCAAGAAGGUCAGACAUACCUGGAGGGAUGGAAAGAAAGCAGGAGAGCUGGCCUAAGGAAAACAAGACAGAAUUUGGUUCUCCUUGUUAAACAUGUCCACCAGAGGGGAGCCACAAAGGCUUAAAAAUAAUUAUGGUAAAUCAAAAGGAAAUGAAAUAUUGGCUCUCAGGCAAGGGCUGCAACAACACUCUGCUCUGAGUCAUAGAGCAGCUGUUCUGCAAGUUGACUAUUAACUGAGCAUUUGAAGGAAGGAAGUUUUCUUUUUUAUGUGUGGGAUAUUCUCUUGUGUGAGUCAAGGAUUCUGUAUAUUGAAAGCUGUGGUGUUUGGCCAUACUGCCAUUGCCCAAAGCUUGCUGAGCUUUUCACCAAGUGCUCGGCACAGGCCUCCAACACCGCCCCCCCCCCCAGUUUAUGAGAUGGAUUGGGACAUGACUGAUAGAUGCAAGCUCAGAAUUCGUAAAUUAUCCUCAAGCUUAUUUAGUGCCUUACCUCAAUGGAGCUUAAAGCAUAGCCCAUCAAUUUUCUCUUAUUUAGCCCUGGAGCAUCGCUAAGAAGAAACUAAGAACUAUGGCUUGCCAGACAGAUGGUGCUCAUGCCAGAGAAAUGGGAAGGCUUAAAAUUGCUUGUCAAAUAUUUCACAGCCUGGACAGAUAGUCUUUGUGCUAUGGGCUUCUGACCUUUGGAUUAACUUGCAUCUCUUAGAUUAUUAUCUUUCUUAAUAUGUUUAUUCAACCAGUAUUUCUAAAAUUGCUUAGUAUUUGGUAGCCACCACCUUUGAUAUUUUGAACAUAAUGUCUCAGUUGCAUCUUAAAUCAUGGAAGAAUACAUGAUUAUUUCAUAGAGUAACAUCCUUAUCAGCAGUGGCACUACCCUAUUUUUUUUGAAAAAAGAUGUUUUCAGAUUGUGCAUUUAAAGAACAAAUCUAUGUGGUCACUAGCAGACAGACUAGUGGUUGUGAUUUUUUUCCGUUGUAAAACAAUGAGAAUCAUCAUUUCAAGGACAAUAAAACAUUGGUGAAAGGUU